UCUGUAUCUAACGGUCGGACCGUGAGUGCGAGGAGCAGCCGGGGUCGGACACCCAAUCCUUUCCUUCGGAGUACAGCCACAGGAUAUAUAUUCAUAGACACACCACACCCGCCGUCGACUCUCGCGAACCGAACCAGCCGGCCGGCGGCGACAAAUCUCAGCGAGCGCGAAUAUGUCAUAUCUGCUCCCGCACCUGCACUCCGGCUGGGCCGUGGACCAGGCCAUCCUCGCCGAGGAGGAGCGCCUAGUGCUAAUCCGCUUCGGCCACGACUGGGACGAAACUUUUAUUUACGGUUUAUUUUAUUACUUUAUGGAUGAGGUGCUAUCAGGGGUGGCUGAGACCAUCAAGAACUUUGCCGUGAUCUACCUUGUUGACAUCACCGAGGUUCCUGACUUCAACACCAUGUAUGAGCUGUAUGACACGUCAACGGUUAUGUUCUUCUUCCGCAACAAGCACAUCAUAAUUGAUCUUGGGACAGGAAACAACAACAAGAUCAACUGGGCAAUGAAAGACAAGCAAGAGUUUGUUGACAUCGUGGAGACCGUCUACAGAGGAGCUCGUAAGGGCCGUGGUCUGGUGAUUGCUCCCAAGGAUUACUCCACCAAAUACCGGUACUGAGGUAUCUGUGCCUGUCUCUCCAUGUGUAGU